AUGGAAGGAAAAGUUGAUAUUGAAAUGACAAGUGAUUCGCUUGGAAAAAUAAAUGAUAGCACCGAAACGAUUCAGAAUGAUGCAUCUAAGGAUUUUGAGGCACUCGAAGCUUUUGGGAUCAAAUUUUUGGGGAAUUUGGAAAUCAAUUUCAAAGAAUCGAAAAAACGCAGGCUGGAACUGAGUCAGACAGCAGAGGAAUUGAGAAAACAGGCAAGACCGCUUGAAUUUGAAAGUUAUGAAGAUUUCUACUUGUUGCAAAAAUUUAGACGGGGAAUUUCCGCGAGUGGCAGAGUUGGAGUUAAUGCGUUGAGGUCUCGACGUUCCGGUGUUUAUUACAAGAGAAUUAGACGGAACAAUGGCUCCGAAAAUAAUGUCUCUGAUUCUGAUAGCGAUAGCGAUGAUAAGGAUUUUCAGCCUUUGAGAAGAUCAGGAAGAGCGCAGAGGGGCAGGCCUAGUGCCAAAUCGCGCGCAAGCUCAAGUGAAGAAAAUCUGACAACUAUUGACCGGGAAUCGACUCCGGUCAACAAAAUUUUGGGCGAAAUCUCAACUAGUAGCAUUAUACCAUCAGGAAAUCUCGACGGGAAUGUAAGAAGAUCGUCAAGGCUGUCACAGAAAGAAAAAGAGCUCCUUGAACAGAAAGCAGAGGAAGAGUUGCUAAAGUUACACAGUGGGGAAGACGAUUCAGAGGAAAAAUUGCCUGAGAUAAUGGCUCUAAGCGAGUCCAUAAUCCCUAAAAUUGUGGAACCGUCAAGACGUUCUGAUUGGGUCCUUCAAACAAAGUACAGGUUUAUUCCAGAGAAAUUCACCCCGGUGAAACAUUCACCAGAACAGUUGAAAAUAAAUGACUUGAUCCACAACGAUAGGAUACGGAAAGUAAUGACUAGAUUUAAAGGGGGGCUCGCUGGGAUUCGUAGAAAAGAUUGGGGGCCUUCUCAGCAACAACCUCAGCCGUUGCAGCAACAGGUAUCUUGA